AUGGAAAGAUAUCUAGGUCUCCCGAAUGUGGUUGGUAGACGAAAAAAAGAAUCAUUUCAGUAUCUCAAAGAGAAAGUGCACAACAGAAUUGAAGGAUGGAGUACCAGAAUGUUAUCACAAGGAGGCAAGGAAGUUUUUCUUAAGGCGGUAUUACAGGCUAUUCCAACCUAUGCUAUGUCUUGCUUUUUAUUACCUAAGUCUUUAUGCAGAGAUAUGGAAAGCAUUUUUGCUAAAUUUUGGUGGCAAAAAGCCCAUGGGAGAAGAGGGAUUCAUUGGUGUCAGUGGAAGUAUUUGUGUCGAUCGAAAGAAAAUGGUGGUUUGGGUUUUAGGGAUAUGGCUAAAUUUAACAUCUCACUCUUAGCCAAGCAAGGAUGGAGAAUCUUAAGUAAUCCAGAUUCCUUAUUAGCUCAAGUUUUAAAAGCAAAAUAUUUCCCGAAUGUUAAUUUCUUAUAUUCCCGUUUGGAGAGUAAUGCUUCAUAUACAUGGAAAAGUAUUUGGGCUAUGAAGGGCAUUUUAGAGGAAGGGUUGUGCUGGAAGGUAGGAAAGGGAACGCAUAUUUCAGUCGGUAAUGAUUCUUGGAUUCCGGAUGUGAAUAAGAGCAAGUUAUUAGAUUUAGCCAUGAAUUUGAAUGAUGUUAAAUUUGCAGAUCUAAUAAACCAAAAUAACAGAACAUGGAAAAAAGAGUUGAUAUUUUCUACCUUUCCGGAGGAUGUAGCUGAGAAGAUUAUUUGCAUCCCAUUGGCAGAGGAACCUCAUGAUGAUUUUUAG